AUGCCUUUCCGCCAGCCUUACAGGCAAGCUUCUCGCCAGCAGUCGAGGCAGAUGUCUGUUGACCCUCACAACGAGCUCCACCCGGUUCAGGAUCAUUACAUUGGCAUUGAUGUCGGUACCGGUAGUGCCCGUGCCUGUAUUAUGAACGACAAGGGUGACAUUGUUGGUCUCGCAAGUGAGAACAUUGGUCUCUGGCAGCCUGAGACAGGUUACUACGAACAAUCCACCACAGACAUCUGGAGAUGCAUCUGUAACUCGGUGCAGCGUGCCAUGAACCAGCACGGUAUCGACGGCUCCACCAUUCGUGGUAUUGGUUUCGACGCUACUUGCUCGCUCACCGUCUUCUCGAACGAUACCGACGAACCCAUCUCGGUCACUGGACCCAAGUUCGACAACGCCGACGGCAAUGACCGCAACGUCAUUCUAUGGCUCGACCACAGACCGGUUGAGGAGACUGAGAAGAUCAACGCUACAAACCACAACCUGCUCCGCUACGUCGGUGGCAAGAUGAGCAUCGAGAUGGAGAUGCCCAAGGUGCUCUGGCUCAAGAACCACAUGCCCAAGGAGCUGUUUGACCGCUGCAGAUUCUACGACUUGACCGAUGCCCUUACUCACAUUGCCACUGGCAACGAUGACCGCAGUUUCUGCAGUGUCGUCUGUAAGCAAGGCUUCGUUCCCGUCGGUGUCGACGGUAGUGUCAAGGGUUGGCAAGAAGACUUCCUCAAGGAGAUUGGCCUUGAAGAUCUUUGCGAAGAUAACUUCAAGCGCCUGGGAGGUGUAGACGGGGUGAGCGGGAAGUACCACACAGCUGGUGACAAGAUCGGGACUCUUUGCGAAAAGGCAGCCGCCGACCUCGGGCUUCCUCCAGGUAUCGCCGUUGGUGCUGGUGUCAUUGAUGCUUACGCUGGUUGGAUUGGUACUGUGGGAGCAAAGGUCCGCCUGCCAAACUCGAACCUCAGCUCGGGCGCCGACAAGAACGAUGUUUCGCAAGCCUUCACUCGUCUUGCCGCCGUUGCUGGAACAUCGACCUGCCAUCUGGCCAUGUCAGAGAAGCCCGUCUUUGUCGACGGUGUCUGGGGACCCUACCGAGAUGUUCUGAUUCCAGACUACUGGAUGGCAGAAGGUGGACAAUCGGCGACUGGUGAGCUGCUCAAGCAUGUCCUUGAGACUCACCCAGCUUUCCAACAGGCUAUGAGUGUUGCCGAGACCUUCAAUGCCAACAUUUACGACUACCUCAACGAGCAUCUUAACGAGAUGCAGACAAAGGAAGACGCUCCCACAAUCUCAUAUCUCGGUCGCCACUUCUUCUUCUACGGCGACCUAUUCGGAAACCGUAGUCCUAUCGCUGACCCUAACAUGAAGGGUAGCGUUAUCGGUCUGUCAAGCGAUCGCAGUAUGGAUGGCCUGGCACUCUACUACUACGCCACCAUGGAGUUCAUCGCUCUGCAGACCAAGCAGAUCAUUCAGCGUAUGAACGAAUCAGGUCACGUCAUUAACUCGAUUUUCAUGUCAGGUAGUCAGUGCCAGAACGGUAUCUUGAUGGACCUCAUGGCCACUGCUUGCGAGAUGCCCGUCGUCAUCCCUAGAUACGUUCACGCAGCCGUCGUCCACGGUGCAGCAAUGCUCGGAGCAAAAGCUGCCUCUGCCGACAAGGACGGCAACACUGAGCCUCUCUGGAACAUCAUGGACCGCAUGAGCAAGCCCGGUAAGGUCGUGCUUCCAGGCAAGGACGAGAACGAGAAGAAGCUGCUCGAUGCCAAGUACAAGGUCUUCCUCAUGCAAUGCGAGCAGCAGCGUGAGAUUCGUCGCGAGAUCGACGAGGCCGUCAGCGGCUGGAAGUAA